GGGAAAUGGGUAGCUCUCUUCUCAGUUACUCUCACUCCGCAUGCCAUGGCGGCUGCCGAGUUGACCACACGCCUAAACUCAACCCACCACCAGCAGCUCUCCUCUCAGUUACUCAACAGCCGUCGCCGCCGACGCGUCGAUCCCCCGCCCGUCGCCCCGCCAUCGCCGCUAACCUUCUUCCUCCGUCUGGUGCAUCUCGCUGCCAGCCCCCUCGCUCCGUCGCUCGUCUUCCUCGCUCGACCGCCGCCACCCCUCCAUCCCCAUCCCGCUGCCGCCGAGCGCCGCAGGCCCCUAGCUCGUCUACCUCCUCGCGCGAGCGCCUCCACGGCAGGGGAGGAAUGUAAUGCCCGUACAACUCGUGAUUUAAAUGGAGGGCUGUGACUGCAUUGAACCGUUUUGGCCCACCGACGAGCUUCUCAUCAAGUACCAAUACAUCUCAGACUUCUUCAUUGCCCUUGCCUACUUCUCCAUCCCUCUCGAGCUAAUCUACUUCGUCAAGAAGUCAUCCUUCUUCCCUUACCGAUGGGUUCUCAUCCAAUUCGGCGCCUUUAUAGUCCUUUGCGGAGCCACCCAUCUCAUCAACCUCUGGACUUUCACCAUGCACACCAAAACCGUAGCCAUCGUCAUGACCGUCGCAAAAGUCUCCACCGCUGUCGUGUCUUGCGCUACUGCCCUCAUGCUUGUUCAUAUCAUACCUGAUUUGUUGAGUGUCAAGACGAGGGAGUUGUUUCUCAAGAAGAAGGCCGACGAGCUUGACCGAGAGAUGGGUCUCAUACGCACGCAGGAGGAGACAGGGAGGCAUGUCAGGAUGCUUACCCAUGAGAUCAGAAGCACGCUUGAUAGGCACACCAUCUUGAACACUACUCUGGUUGAGCUAGGGAGGACACUGCAUCUGGAAGAAUGUGCGUUGUGGAUGCCAUCACGCAGCGGUUCAAGCCUUCAACUGUCUCAUACGCUGCGCCACCAGAUUCCUGUUGGCUCAUCCGUGCAGAUUAAUCUUCCUGUUGUCAAUCAAGUCUUCAGUAGCAACCGGGCGAUCAUAGUGCCCCAUACAUCUCCUUUGGCAAGGAUCCGGCCUGUUCAAGGGAGAUAUGUCCCACCAGAGGUGGCUGCUGUGAGAGUCCCGCUGCUACAUCUCUCAAACUUCCAGAUAAAUGAUUGGCCCGAGCUUUCGGCAAAAAGCUAUGCAAUUAUGGUUUUGAUGCUCCCAUCUGAUAGUGCCAGGAAAUGGCAUGUUCAUGAACUGGAGCUUGUCGAGGUCGUCGCUGAUCAGGUAGCUGUUGCUCUUUCUCAUGCAGCUAUUCUUGAAGAGUCCAUGCGAGCACGCGAUCUACUCAUGGAGCAAAAUGUUGCCUUAGAUUUAGCUCGGCGAGAGGCUGAAAUGGCAAUACGUGCUCGCAAUGAUUUCCUUGCUGUGAUGAAUCAUGAAAUGCGAACCCCAAUGAACGCAAUAAUAGCCCUUUCCUCCUUACUUUUAGAAACUGAACUUACCCCUGAGCAGCGCCUAAUGGUGGAAACAGUGUUGAAAAGCAGCAACCUUUUGGCAACACUCAUCAAUGAUGUUUUGGAUCUUUCGAAACUUGAGGAUGGAAGUCUUGAAUUGGAGAUAAGAGCAUUCAAUCUUCAUGCGACUUUCAAAGAGGUAAUGAGUUUCAUCAAACCGAUUGCAGCUAUCAAGAAGCUUUCUGUAUCGGCCAUGUUGUCCCCUGACUUGCCUCUAUCUGCCAUUGGUGAUGAGAAGCGGCUCAUGCAAACUAUUCUAAACGUCUGUGGUAAUGCUGUUAAGUUUACCAAGGAGGGCCACAUCUCACUGUUAGCUUCAGUUGUGAAGUCUGACUCUUUAAGAGAGUUCCGAACCACUGAUUUUCAUCCAGUUGCAAGCGAUGGUCACUUCUACGUAAAAGUUCAGGUUAAAGAUACAGGGUGUGGCAUCAGCCUGCAGGAUCUAUCCCAUGUAUUUACAAAGUUUGCUCACACACAAAGCGGAGGAAACCGAGGGUAUAAUGGCAGCGGUCUUGGGCUCGCCAUUUGCAAGAGGUUUGUGAGCUUGAUGGGUGGGCAUAUAUGGCUGGAGAGCGAUGGGGCGGGGAAAGGCUGCACGGCUACGUUGGUCGUGAAGCUGGGUGUGUGUGACGCCGCGGCGUAUCAUCAACCGGCGAUCCCUCUGGUGUGGCCGAGCCAUGUCCGAUCUGACCCGUCUGGUCCAUCAGCACUGAAGAAGGAAGAUAGAGUGCUUCCUUGUCUUGAACCUAGAUACCAGAGGAGUAUAUGACAUGCGUUUUGUUGGAAGAGAGAUAUUGUCGACUUUGUGCUGCACAUAUAAUGUACAAGAAAGACAGAGGAUGUGAUUAGUCCGAUGUUGCUGCGCGAUUAAUAUAGUGCAUAACAGCAUUAGGAUAUGAUUGCAGGAA